AUGGCAUCUCAACUGAUAGCAAGUCACCGCGAAAAUGCAGUAGUAGUGACUGACAAAGCAGCCAUCAAGAAAAAAAUAUCAGAGGUUCUAAAAAAUGCCAAGUUUCCACUAGGAGUCAUGCCGGUUGAUGAAGCGGUGGAACUAGGCUACAAUCCCUCCUCCGGGUUCUUGUGGAUUAUUCGAAAAAAGAAGUUGGAACAUUUUUUCAAAGGCAUUAACAGGAAGGCCACAUUGGAUGCCGAAGUGACAGGGUUCUUAGAGGAGCGCAGAAUGAAGAAGAUCACAGGUAUUAAGGCCAAGGAGUUGAUGAUUUGGGUGUCUCUUACUGAUUUCCGCAUUGAUGAUCCUGCGUCCGGGAAGAUUAUCUUCACCGCAACUGCUGGAAUCACCAAGACGUUUCAGAUCUCCGCUUUCGAGGAGGAGGAGGAAGAAGAGGAGGUGAAGAAGGUUGAAGAAAAGGUUGCGGAGCCGGGGAAAAAAAUGGAGGAGGCUAAGAAAGAGGUGGAGGUGAAAAAUUAA